AUGUCUCAGUUUAGAAUGAAUAAUAGCCCGCCAGAAAAGCGUCGAUGUACGAAAGGUGAGAAGAAAGCUGAUGUUGGUAAGAUGAAGGGUAAGGGAAAAGAUGAUGAUGAUGAUGAUAAAACAGAAAUUGCAAGAGAAGGUGAUAGUGAUGCAGAAGAAACGAAAAAAGAUGAAGAUGAUAGUGAUGAUUCUGUGUUGCUAUCACAAGCUAUGGAUGGCGGAGGAUGGAUUUGUCCGACUCAACCUGAUAAGGCAUCGUUUUUGUCGGAUACUUUGAGAGAAGGCCUACUGAAACCGUUUGAUGAUAUACCGUUUGCUGGUGAUGUGUAUAUGCUUACGCAAGAAAUCAACAGGCUAAGAAGACAGCUUGGUGAUUCGCUUGGAGAAAAUCAAAUGUUGAUGUAUAAAGUCAAAAAUUUGAAUCGGGAGAACGCACUGCUGCAAGAUAAUCUGAUUCAGAUACAGCAGACAUUCGAACAGAGGUUUCUUGAGCAGAAAAAUGACUUUGAAAAGACUGAGAGAGAUAUGCGAAAUGUGAUCACUUAUCAGGAACAAGAUCUAAGAACCAAGGAAUUUAGGGACCGUUUGAAUAAUUCUGCAUCAGUUGCUACGGAAAACGAUCGUGCCGAGAUGACAGAAACAAAUAGUAUUGGACGUCAAGACUCGCCCGUAAUUCGACUCAAGAAAGUUUCUAUACCAAGCUCUCGACCGGGAAAUUGUUUUCCAAGAAGUCUGAAUGAUUCGCCAAUGCUAAGAAAAGCUUUUGGCCACUGCAGAUUAGUCUUAAAUGAUACUUUCCGUGCAGUCGAUAGUCAAGGGAAAUCUGCUAGCAGUAGUACGUUCGAUCAGCACGACAACAAUGGCAUUGAGGGUGAUCGAAUUAAGCAAACUUCUUUGUCGUCGGAAAUACAAACUUCGAAUCCUAAUUUGUACAAUUGUUUGAUGUACCUCCGUCCAGAUAAUCAGCUUUCCCAUCUUUAUGGCACAUGUGACGAAAUGAUUACACUGGACUUCCGGACUAUUUUCCCGGAACUAUUAAGAAAUCGUGAGUGGAAGACCACUCGGCGUAUGCAUGAUGUUCUUGCAGAGCCACGAAAACGGUGGUGUCGCUAA